AUGGCUUCUAAGGGUGAAGGCAAGAGGCAACCGCCCUCGGCGGCCGUCAACCUCAUUGCUGGUGGUGGUGCUGGUAUGAUGGAGGCCCUCGCGUGCCAUCCCCUCGACACAAUCAAGGUCCGCAUGCAGCUGUCGCGGCGCGCAAGGCAGCCCGGAGCUCCUAAGCGCGGCUUCAUCAAGACCGGUGCCGACAUCAUCCGCAAGGAGACGCCCCUCGGCCUUUACAAGGGUCUGGGUGCCGUUCUCACUGGUAUCGUGCCCAAGAUGGCCAUCCGGUUCACUUCGUUCGAGUGGUACAAGCAGAUCCUCGCCGACCCCAAGACGGGCGUCGUCUCCGGAAAGGCCACCUUCUUCGCCGGUCUGGCCGCCGGUGUCACAGAGGCCGUCGCCGUCGUGACGCCCAUGGAGGUCAUCAAGAUCCGUCUCCAGGCGCAGCACCACUCCAUGGCCGACCCCCUCGAUGUUCCCAAGUACCGCAACGCCGCCCACGCCCUGUACACCGUCGUCAAGGAGGAGGGUUUCGGUGCCCUCUACCGCGGAGUCAGCUUGACUGCCCUGCGACAGGGUUCCAACCAGGCCGUCAACUUUACCGCCUACAGCUACUUUAAGGAAUGGCUCAAGGUCUGGCAGCCCCAGUACGAGGGCACCAACCUUCCCAGCUGGCAAACUACUUUCAUCGGUCUCGUCUCUGGUGCCAUGGGUCCCCUGAGCAACGCCCCUAUCGACACUAUCAAGACUCGCCUGCAAAAGACUCCCGCCGAGCCCGGUACCAGCGCCUGGACCCGAAUCUCGAGAAUCGCCGCCGACAUGUUCAAGCAAGAAGGUUUCCACGCCUUCUACAAGGGCAUCACCCCCCGUAUCAUGCGUGUCGCUCCCGGCCAGGCCGUCACCUUCACCGUCUACGAGUACCUCAGGGAUAAGCUAGAAAAGAGCAACAUCUCCCUUGUUGGAGGCAAUGCAAAAUGCUGUGAAAGAUGCGGAAGAGUCCAUCUGAAAAACUCGGGGCGGGCGGCACAUGAUUGGCGAGACGAGAGCGAGUACAUGACAUGA